CAAUAUUUGUAAACAGAGAUAGGUUUGUAGCCCCAACUGGUAAUUUAUUAUCGAAGUUUAAAAAGCCAUUAGAACUAGUCAUUGAUUCAACUUAAAGAACCAUCAACCUUCUUCUUAGGGGGUAUUAUAAAUCAAGCAUGGGUGGAGUCAGAGUAAGGGAGGAAACUGAUGAGCAGCUGAAAUUGGUCAAGGAGCCAAGCUUGCAGUCAUUUGGUAUUGUGAUAGCGUUUAUGGCAUGUGGAUAUGGAGCUGCUGUGUACAGUGAAGAUUCGUCCCUAUGGAAGCUGGUGUAUGUAGUCAGUGGAUUGUUUGUGGGACUGGCGUGCAUUGAGGACUGGGAGUAUUGUGAUUUCAACCGGACAACCAACGAACUUCGCCAGAAACGUUAUACAGUGUAUGACAAAAUUCUCCAUCUAUUUUCCACAAAAAAUGAUCAAAUUGUGGUCACUAGCUUGUCAGACAUCAUAGAUGUGGAGGUAGAGGAACAGUAUGUUCGUUACUUUGGCAAUACUUACCAGACUGUGAUGGUAUACGAUACAGGGAUCAGGAUAGGGGUGACCGAGUCUUUCAUUUAUGGCAAUAAAAGUGACCAGGAAGCUAUUGCUGACAAGAUAAGAACAUUUCUCAGACUGGGUGAGCGGCCAGGCGUGAUGGAUGGUGAUACAUCAUCCUCCAGUGGAGAUGAGGAGGAUUUCGAACAUGUGGACCCAGAGGAACUGAAGGAUGACCUAGGAAAGCCCCUGUAAAUAGGAAAUCCCUCAUUGAAAUGACACUUUAUCUGUCACACUCAUAAACUGUUUUUAUGGUUCUGUAUAGGAAAUAAAACAAUUCACAGGAAGUACUCUGCAAUAAUAAAAGCUUUUAAAUAGUUUUACUCAGAUUUACCUUUUAGAACAAGGAAAUAAAUAUCAAAAGUUCAGGUUACUUGUCAUUUUAUUCUGUGUGAGGUAACAUGCUUUGUUGCCUUUUUUCGGCUAUGUCAUCUUCAGGUAAGUACAGUACUACCAGUACUCUGAGUGUAAUUUUACAUGUGUUAAUUAGUCAAGUUGUCCGGUGUAGGGAUAAGAAUUUUAUUACAUGCAUGUUUAUCAACUUAUUUUUCUAAUUUUCUCAACUUAGAUGCUUGUGAUUCUUAAAGAUCAAAGGGAAGAAAUAUCAGUUAUCAGUUAUUUUGUUGUUCAAGUAGCAUUUUGUUACUAGUAUGUUAUUAUUUUCUUUGCUAUUUUCAAAUAUUUUAAGAGUUGAUAUUGAUUGCCGGUAGUAUAAUAGCCAGUGUUGUGGUUGGUAGGGGUGUUGGGUUUUUUUUUCACAUAAGAUUUCAAUACAGAAUGAGAAAAGUUGAAAGUGUUUAAUUCCACAGUGAUUACCGUACCUUAAACUCUGUAUGUUGAGUUUGCCUUGUGGUUUAUCAUAUCAUGGUACAAAAAAAUUACCGUAUGUUAUACAGAUCACUUGUUGAAAAUGAAUACAUAAAUCAAACAAUUUGUUGGAUCAAAAUGCAAACUUGACCCCAGUAAACCUGAAAUUCUAAUUACGGUAAACAUAUUUUAUUGAAUAAAUUCAAUAGGAUUGGACACCAAGCAUAUCUUAAUGUGUAUCCUCUCUGUAAAUUCUGUUUUCAGGGUCUCUUUAUAAAAAAAACUGUGUGUAUAAACCUAUCUCAUUGAGUGUAGAUUUAUAUUGAUAUACAUGGAUUAAUUUAAUGGAUAUCUCACCAAUUUGGAAAAGAAAAUUUCAAAACAAUGUGUGAAACAGGCUGGAGUAUAUCUAGUCAGGGUCGGGUAUUGAUGGUCUGUUCUUGUUUUUGUGUUUGUCUGUUUAAUACUAAUUUUAGCCCAUUCAAGACUGUUUGGCGGGGAAACAUUUUUUGGCCUUAAUAGUUAUGCAAAUGAACUUCAUUCAUGUUUUGGAUAGAGAGUAAUAUGUAUACAGACACAAUACAUUCAGGUCGGAUUCAUUCCUGAGGGUCCAAGUUUAUAUGUCUUGGUGACCUACCAGGAAUAGUAAUUAUCUCAAGGGGCCCCAAGGUCUUAUACUUAAUUUCCAUGUAUAUGUACAUUUAUGCUUUAUCGGUACUACCUUGAUGUCUUGAUGACUUGCAUUUUGAAAUAAAACCCAUAUUCUCCACACAAUGGAUAUUAUUUCAUUUACCAGUGUGCUUGUGUUAGAUGUGGCAUAUCGCAUACAGGUACAUGAAACAUGAUAAUAUGUUAUAUAGAGGAUGCUAAAACAGUUUUCACCAUGCUAGUACAAUAGAGUGCAUUAACAUUUUACAUUGGGAUCAACAAUUUUUUUUUUCAAUAUAGAUUUUAAAAGUAUUUUUACCAGUAUUCAGACCCUUCUGGAAAAUACAUUACAUACCAAUGAUGCGUUUAAUCAUAAAAUGUGAACCUUCAUUAUAGCUGAUAGACCAAACUUUGGGAUGAUCUAGUCACAAACUUUAAUGAUUGUUAGAGAUUAGACUUUUGAUUGUUGUUGGUUGUUAUUUUUAUAUGCAUUAGCUUCAGCUCUCUGAUGUGUAUUCUAGAACAUGUGUAACGUAGUAUUUGCACCUCGCUGAGAUAAAAAUCAGGAUGUUCCUGUUUUGUAUUAUGGGUUUUUUCCAAGUGUCUAUAAUUACAGUACUAGUGCUCUUCUAUGCCCAUGUACAUGUAUAUAUACAUACAUAAAAUCAUUUUUUUAAAAAAUGGGUUGGCUGUGAAAAUACACAUACUAGCAGUCCAUGACUUGUUCUCUACUUAACUGUGUGAUAUUUCGUUUGAUUUUAGUCUACUUAGUACUUUCAUUUUGCACAUUUUUGUUUAAUUACUACGGUAUUAUUAUAUAUAGCAAUUUGAUAAAGCUGGUUUUAUUAAUUGUAAAAAGUUUAUGCUUGUUAUUGUUUCACUUUGGGAAAUUAAAGUUUGUUUACUUAAAUAAACUGUUUCAAAUUCUUCUGAAUGUGAAAAAUAAAGUCGAUAUGAUUACUUAAAUUUCUUGAUAUUUUUGUCGUUGUUUAAAAUGUAUCUGUAUGUGGUCGAUUGUAAGUCUUUGAGAAUAUACAUUUAUUACCAGGUGAAUAUUUUUUCAUAGAUUAUUAAAUUGGCUGAGCUUUAGGUCACAAACUUAUCUAUUAAUUGGUAUAUUGAUCCACAAUUUUGUUGGAUGAUAUAUGGAAAGUGCAUGAAAGUGCAUGAUAUUAUAAAAGAGAGAUUUCCUUAAGUGUACACUACUCCACUUAUAAGAGAUAUACAAAUUUUCACUGGGUUUAAAUGUUUAAAUUGUUCAUACAACUUCAUAUUUAUAAAGAUGAAUUUCUAUCAAAUUUUACCCUGAAAGGUUUGCUGAAAUUAGCUUAAUAUAAGAUUUGCUUUUUAUUGAAAAAAUACAACCACAAAUUUACAUGUAUGUACUUAAUCUUUCGUAUUUAGAAAGGGGAAUGGUACCUAAACAAUAUAUUGCAAAAAAAAAAAAUUGUACUUCAAAAUUGUUGAGCUUAAAUCCCAAUUCUCAAAGAGAAUUCCAUGACAAUAUUUAUUAUAUUGUGAUUUAGAGUUAGUGGCAUUUAUUAUACCAUAAAUUGGUAUACCCAAAUAAAACUUGUUGAAAAGAU